UUGCAGAAAGAUUUGGAAGAGGUUAAAGAAUUGCUUACGAAAGCCACGAGGAAGCGACUUCGUGAUGUCCUGAUGACAGAGAAACACAAGCUAGAGCUAGAAAUCAAGAAUCAGCCUCCACCGAAACCAAAAGAUGUGGCAGAGGAAGACAAGUUGUCACUGGGAGGAUACACAGUGAAAAUAAACAAUUAUGGUUGGGAUCAGUCAGAUAAGUUUAUUAAGAUUUAUAUAUCUUUAAGUGGAGUCCAGAAGCUUCCAGCUGAGAAUGUGCAGGUGAAUUUCACAGAGAGGUCGUUUGAUCUGCUAGUGAAGAAUCUGAACGGGAAGAACUACACCAUGACCUUCAACAACCUCCUGAAACCCAUCUCUGUGGAAGGCAGCUCUAGAAAGAUAAAGACAGACAUGGUCCUUGUGAUGUGUAGGAAGAAGCAGGAGGAAAAAUGGGAAUGUCUCACUCAAGUGGAAAAAGAAAGCAAAGAGAAAGA